AUGGACAAUAACACCGGUUUCGACACAUCUACACCAGACAGCAAGGCGACCUACGUUCUCAGCAAUGUUGUGGAGGUCGUCGAGCGAAUUCUAACCUUCGUGCCGACCAAGUCUCUCCUAAAAAUCGCAAGUGUAUGCAGGCUAUGGAGCAACUGUGCCCGCAGAGUUUUGAGGACUCAACAGCAGUUGACAUGGGUGUCUGCUUGUGGACCCUCCACUACGGAGGUGCAUGCCCUCUGCAACACCCUGUAUGAGGAGGUCGAGAAAGUGUUUCUUCUCCCCAAAAUUGUUCUAGCAAUGAUGGACUGUGAGGCCUUCAAACUUCCUUUUUAUUGCCAUAGACAAAAGAAACCAAAAAGGAGCAGCCACAGUCCGGUUGAUGAGCUCAUUCAGGUCUUCCCGAGGAAUUGUGAUGUCAUGGGCAUUACUACACCGGGCAUCGUCUUAACUCCGACUGGCUCUCACUCCAGGCCACCGGAGGAGCACCAGGAAGGAGAGGCCGGCUUUGCCAUCAUGUUCCCAAACAUGGAGGGUGUUCAGAUCAGGCCGUUUCACUUCUGCCAGAAAUCCCUCUCUCCAAAUGCUCUGAAAGAAGCGGGACUAGUUGACAACCCAGAGUUGCGAGUGGUGCUGCUGUUUGUCUACGAGGUGUACAAAUCCGGGGGUGCGCGCUUCCUCAACGAAAUCCUGGAGCCGCUGGCCAAGAGCAAAGCUCUGAUUGCAGGCGGUCUUGUUGAAAGUGUCUUUCCCACCAGGCUCUGUUGUAGCCGAGGUGCGUACGGAGUGGUGGGUCUGGCCCUAAGCGGCCCCAAAGUGCAGGGUGCCUCAGUGCUCUUGGACCAGGACGUCAGCAGCUCCAAGACAGCUGAAGCCACCAUCCGCAGGCUAAAAGCUGCCAAAAUCCCGGAAAAGAACACCCUGGGCUUCAUGUUCGCUUGCGUGGGUCGAGGCCAGAAUUACUACAACAACCAGCGCAACGUGGAGGCCGACGCAUUCCGAAAAGUCUUUCCUGGAGUUCCACUCUUUGGCCUUUUCGGCAACGGCGAGAUCGGUUGCGACCGCAUCGUCAAAGACGACUACACGCUGUGUGACGACGACACGGACUGUCUGCAGCACGAGUAUACCACGGUGAUGACUCUGGUUCACCUGGGCUGA